ACAACACUGACUGAUCUCAUUUACUGUGGUUUUAGUUUUUGGGGGAUUUUAGAUUGAGAAAACACGCAGCGUGGAUGUGAGUGUCUGAUGCUUGUGUGUGGGUAAAGUGACGCGCGUGGACUCCAGACUCAGCUGUCUGCGCUUCAUCUGACUCACUGUCGCCUCUGACUGCGCCACGCGCCACAUUCUCCGUCCGCAGGGUUAGGGUUAGCAGCUGCGUCUGGAGAAUGUAGAAACCGAGAAAUGGACUUCAAAUCCGAACUCCUCAAGUCCAUCUGGUACGCGUUCACGUCUCUGGACGUGGAGAAGUGUGGAAAAGUGUCCAAGUCACAGCUGAAGGUGCUGUCCCAUAACCUGUACACGGUGCUGAACAUCCCUCACGACCCCGUGGCUCUGGAGGAACACUUCCAGGACGAUGACGGCGGCCCGGUGUCUAAUCACGGCUACAUGCCCUACCUCAACAGAUACAUCCUGGACAAGGUCAAAGACGGGAUGUUCGACAAGGAGAAGUUUGAUGACCUGUGCUGGAUGAUGACGAUGAAGAAGAACUACAGGGCGGUGCCACAGCUGCUGUCAGAGAGAAGCUGUUUCAAGCUCUUCUGUCUAUUCAACCUUCUGUCAGAGGACACCUAUCCACUGGAGAUGAUCCCAGAGGAGGUGGAAUAUCUGCUGAAGAAGAUCUCCACAGCCAUGAACGUGGAGUGGGACGGGAAGCUGCUGGACGACGUGAUGUCCCAGUGUGCCACAGUGGAGGACGGAACGUCUCUGUGGACGUUCCUGGAGCACGUGAACGCACGGCGGCUGCUGAAGGUGCCGAGCGCCGAGGCCUUCACCGUGGCUCUGAACGACGUCUUUCUGGAGAUGUAUCACGGCGUGUUAAAGAGGGGUUACAUGUGGAAGAAGGGACAUCUGCGCAGGAACUGGACCGAGCGCUGGUUUGUGCUGAAGCCUCAGUCCAUGGAGUACUACGUCAGCGAGGACAUGAAAGACAAGAAGGGAGAAAUCCUGCUGGACAAGACCUGUGUCAUCGAGACUCUCGCAGACAGGGACGGCAAACGCUGUCUCUUCUGUGUGAAGACUCACAACAAAACGUUUGAGAUGAGCGCGGUGGACCAGAGGCAGAAGGUGGAGUGGACUCAAGCUCUUCAGACCGCGCUCCGUCUCCAGCACGAGGGCAAGUCCUCACUUCACCACGACCUCAAACUGAAGCGACGCACGCAGCGUCAGAACAGCCAGCGCGAGCCCAGCCGCGGCAGCCGCGGCAGCUGCGGCAGCCAAUCAGACGAGGCCUCUGACCACCAGCUGGACAAGCUGGAGAAGGAGAGAGACCGACAGGAUCUGGAGAUCGAAAGCAUCAUCCAGCAAGCGCGAGAGUCAGAAACCCUGAGGAGAGAGGCUGAGGAGAAGGAGAGGAGGAGACAGAGGGAGGUGCAGAUGGAGCUGGAGAGACAGCUGAAGGAGGCUGAGAUGUUGAGAGACAGCAUGCAGGCUAAGAUGCAGGUGAAGGAAAAGGAGUCUGAGGAGCAGAAGAAGAGGAUUCAGGAGCUGGAGCUGACGCAGCAGAAACUGGAAGCUGCUCUCAACAUGGAGAUCCAGGCUCGACUGGAGGAGGAGCGAGCUAGACAGGAGCUGGAGAGGCUGCUGCAGGCUGAGGAGGAGAAGAAGCAGCAGUUCCAGCUCCUGAAGGAGCAGCAGGAGGCGCUGCAGAGCCUCAGCACCAAGCAGGAGGCCUCAGAGCAGAGCACGGCGGCCACAGACACGCCCUCUGUGCUCUUCUCAGCCUCCCAGGAGCUGCAGGACCUGCAGGCGUCUCGCCAGAGGAGCCACCAGCACCUGGAGGAGGUUCAGGAGAAGCUGAGGAACGCCAGUCAACACGUGAGACACUGGAACGUCCAGCUGAACCGACUGAUGACGCCCAUCCCUCCUGGAGAGCGCAUGCAACAACGUCCGUCGGUGAGAAAACAGUGUCCUGAACGAGAAGGAGCGCUGGCGAGUAACGAGUUCAUCUCCAAGUUCAAGAACCGGGCCAAUGAGGACGAGCGGACGGUGGAGACGCAGCUGGAGGACACUCACCUGUCCGUCAGAGCGCUCCAACCCAACGGACAAAUGUGACAAAGCAGAGUUUGAAACGGUUGUUUGUGUAAGACUGAGAGAUAAAAACAUUUUAUAUUUACAUAUAAAAUGGGAAACUUUAAAAGCGUAGAGUUUUGUACAAUAAAGCACGUUCAGUGAGCAAUGACA